CGGGAGCCCGGCGGCUCCUCCUCGCCUCGAACUCCGGGUGACCUUGGCCAAGUCGCUUCUGCCGGGGAGCCGCCGCCCUCGCCUGUGAAAAGCCUUGCCUCCUGGGCGGGCCGUUUUGAGGUUUUGAGGUGACUAGCAUGCAGAAAUCCUGUCUCUGACUUGCUGCCGGCUUCCUGACAUGGCCCACCGGGGUGGGGAGAGGGACUUCCAGACUUCAGCUCGCCGCAUGGGUACCUCUCUGCUCUUCCAGCUCUCAGUGCACGAGCGGGAGCUUGACCUCGUAUUUCUGGAUCAUAGCUAUGCCAAGCCCUGGAGUGCCCACCCAGAUGCCAGUAGUGCCCGCCCCACACGCAUGCUCUUUGUAACUCCCCGUCGGCAGCAUGAGAAUACUAUUGAAUCAGACGUACCAAUAGAUGUUGAGACAGUCACGUCAACUCCUGUACCACUUUAUGACAAUCAGAAGGCACGCAGUGUGAUGAAUGAAUGUGAACGACAUGUCAUCUUUGCCAGAACGGAUGCAGAUGCCCCUCCCCCACCAGAGGACUGGGAGGAACAUGUCAACAGGACUGGCUGGACCCUGGCCCAGAGCAAGCUCUUUAACAAGAUUCUCAAGGCCCUGCAGUCUGACCGUCUGGCCCGCCUGGCCAAUGAAGGGGCUUGCAAUGAGCCCGUGUUGCGCCGUGUUGCUGUGGAUAAGUGUGCAAGGAGGGUGCGGCAGGCUCUGGCGAGUGUGAGCUGGGACACCAAGCUGAUCCAGUGGCUGCACACCACCCUUGUGGAGACCUUGAGUCUGCCCAUGCUAGCUGCGUACCUGGAUGCUUUGCAGACACUGAAAGGAAAGAUCCCAACCUUGAUUGAUCGGAUGCUUGUAUCGUCUAAUACAAAGACUGGAGCUGCAGGAGCUGAGGCCUUAUCUCUCCUUCUGAAGAGGCCCUGGGACCCUGCUGUGGGCGUGCUUUCUCAUAACAAACCAAGCAAACUCCCUGGUUCUCCUUUGAUUCUCAUCGCCUCGUCCGGACCUUCCAGCUCUGUUUUUCCUACUUCACGUCGCCACCGAUUCUGGCAGUCUCAGCUUUCCUGCUUAGGCAAGGUCAUCCCUGUAGCCACCCAUCUGCUGAAUAAUGGCAUUGGGGUAGGAGUUUUGCAAUGUCUUGAGCAUAUGAUUGGGUCAGUGAGAAGCAAAGUGCUGGAGAUUCAUAGCCACUUCCCACACAAACCCAUUAUCUUGAUUGGAUGGAACGCAGGAGCUUUGGUGGCCUGUCAUGUAUCAGUGAUGGAGUAUGUCACUGCAGUCGUCUGCCUUGGAUUUCCUCUGCUUACUGUGGACGGCCCCCGGGGGGAUGUGGAUGAUCCCCUUUUGGAUAUGAAGACUCCAGUCCUCUUUGUCAUUGGUCAGAAUUCCCUGCAGUGUCACCCUGAAGCUAUGGAGGACUUCCGGGAGAAAAUUCGAGCUGAAAAUAGUUUGGUGGUAGUUGGGGGAGCUGAUGAUAAUCUCCGAAUAAGCAAAGCAAAGAAGAAAUCAGAAGGGUUGACUCAAAGCAUGGUAGACAGAUGUAUUCAGGAUGAGAUCGUAGACUUUCUAACUGGAGUGCUCACUCGCACUGAGGGUCUUGUAGGCUCUGAGCCUCGGGAUCAAGAUGCUGAGAAAAAGAAGAAGCCCCGUGACUUUACCCGAAGAGAUUUGGCCUUUGAAGUACCUGAACGAGGCAGUCGGCCUGCUUCCCCAGCUGCCAAGCUGCCCACCUCACCCUCAGGCUCAGAGGAUCUCUCCAGUGUUUCUAGCAGCCCCACCUCCAGUCCCAAGACCAAAGCAACCACAGUGUCCUCUGCCCAGAAGUCUAGUCAGAUUGGGACCUCCCAGCUGCUAAAGAGACAUGUGCAGAGGACAGAAGCUGUGCUGACUCAUAAACAAGCCCAAGCUCAGUUUGCUGCUUUUCUGAAACAAAACAUGCUGGUGAGGAAAGCAUUUCCUCCUGGCGCCUCCUCCUGUCUCUUUGUUCCCAUUUCAACAGAACCAACAGAGGAGGCAGAGAAAGAAGAGCUGAGGGUUCAACUGAAGCGGCACCACCCUUCCAGUCCUCUUCCUGGCACUAAGACCUCCAAGCGGCCAAAGAUCAAGGUGUCUUUGAUCUCCCAAGGGGACACAGCUGGAGGACCUUGUACUCCUUCCCAAAGUGGAGCCCCUGAAGCUGCAGGAGGGAAGCCCAUCACCAUGACAUUGGGGGCUUCAGCAGGGGCUAAGGAGCUCACCGGGCUUCUCACCACAGCCAAGCCAAGUUCUUCUGAAGGUGGAGUCGCAGCCAGCCCAGUCCCAUCAGUGGUCUCCAGCAAUACCACACCCAAUGCCCUGCACACGCUCCAGAGCCGCUUGGUGGCCACCUCUCCUGGCAGCUCCCUCCCAGGGGCUACAUCAGCCAGCAGCCUACUCCAAGGCCUCAGCUUCAGCUUGCAGGAUAUCAGCAGCAAGACCUCUGGCCUCCCAGCAAAUCCCUCCCCAGGGCCAGUCCCACAGGCCACCAGUGUGAAGUUGCCCACCCCCAUGCAGAGCCUGGGUGCCAUCACCACGGGCACCAGCACCAUUGUCCGUACCAUUCCUGUGGCCACCACUCUCUCCUCCUUGGGUACCACCCCUGGUGGGAAGCCCACAGCCAUCCACCAGCUGCUGACCAAUGGGGGCCUCGCUAAGUUGGCAAGCAGCCUCCCUGGCCUGGCCCAGAUCUCUAACCAAGCAUCAGGCUUGAAAGUUCCUACCACCAUUACUCUGACACUCCGUGGCCAGCCGAGCAGAAUCACCACACUAAGCCCUAUGGGGUCAGGAGCAGCAGCAUCAGAAGAGCCCACCUCCCAGGUGCUACCUUCUAGUUCACAGCGCCUGCCGCCAGCACCCUGAACAUGACAGCAAUAUGUCCUCCUUACUAGAUUGGUGCCAGCUGCAUCAAGGUGAGCCUGUGUGGUCCUGUGGAGCCAUCCAAGGGUCUGAAGACAUCUUUAAGACAGUUGUUUUCACCUUUCCACAAACUGUCUUCAAGGUUGCACCUCUGUGUUUCAAGAAACCAUUAGGCCAGGUGGUAGAACAUCAUCCUGGAUCUGCAAGGUGGUGCCAGCAGUCCCAGCUUCCCAGCAGGACUGGGAUCAGAGACACUUCCUCCCCAACACUGGUGUUGGUGUAGGACUGCUCAUUGUAGUUUCAUGAGAAAGGCAAAGAGAACUGGGCUGUAAGCUUUCAGGCCCUUUAGUAGCUCUAGGAUGUGAGGAACAACAGUCACCAGGUAAACAUAGCUCUCUGAAUGAAUUUUUUUCUUUUUCAACAUGAUUUGUGCAGUACCUGUCUCCAGAGAGCCUGCAGGUUCAGAAAGACAAAGUGAGGGAUAGAGCAGCAAAGGAAGUGGCUGGUAGGCAUGUUCUUGAACCCCUUGGUGCCCACAGUUUGGGCUUAUAGGGUCUGCAUCUGGCACUUGAAGAGCUGUUAAUUAAUAGCUAGAGAUGAGAAGUAGAAUUUGCCAAGUCAGAAGGAAGCCUCAACCCUGACAGUCCUGUGUUUGGAAUCCAAGAGGUAGUUCAGCUAAGGUGAUAUCUUGGCCAUUUCGGGAAGUUUGAGGCAUUGGGACAAGGAAGGCUGGGCUUUAGUUGCAGUGUUUGUUUCUUUUCCAUAUAACUUUGUCUUCCUGCUUAGAGGUAGGAAGAUUGUUUGUAGUGGCUUCUGUGUGAAACUCCUGAUGCUAGCCUGAGCCCUGCAGAUCAUAGUUCCUAGUGAUGUGGACCCUGAAAUUGGAGCCAUGAGCCCGUCAUUACUUCUUCACAAGACUUAGAGUGCAAUGAUAGCUUGGGGUUUGGCUUUAUGCUUGUGUUCCAGUGUAGGCUCUCUUCCCUCACACACUGAAAACAUUUCCAGUCAAGAUGAAAGAUAGGCAUCUCAAGUGUGACUGUUCACAGGGCAUGUGUAUUCACAUUAGGCCACCUGUGUUCAAUCCUAGACCCUCACCAGUAAUCUUAGUUGAGCCAAGAAGAGAACACAUAGUGCUGAAGUCUCAGGUCAGAGGGAUGUGUGUAACAGAUGUGAAGAGAGUUCUCUAAAUCCCAUGACCUCACUGGACUGAAGAACUGCUCUCAUUGAUUCACAUAGUGAGGCAGCAUGUUUGUAUUGUGGUUGGUGACUGCAUUCUGAAAUUCAGAAGGCAUUCAGUGAAUUUAAGAAGGUUUGAAGUCUGAAGGCGGUCAAGAGUUUGAUAGCUUUGUAGAUAGGAUUAUAACCACCAAAAGGCAAAGGAUAGUAAGACUGGGGCUCUGUGAAGCUUUGAGGGAUCAUUUAGGUCUGGCAGAGGGCCCUAAACAAUCAUGCAUGACUUAGGACAGCUUGAACAACAUUGGAGGGGCUGCUCCCUGUGUACUGGGACCAAAGAAAAACUCAAGUUGUUCUGCCUUGGUAACUCCUAUGUGCACCCCAUGGGUGACUUCUGAGGCUUGGACUAUGUAUUUUGAAGAACUUCAAAACUGGUGAAGGGGAGAAAAAAGCACUGAUCUCUACUUUGAAGUAUAGCCAACAAAGGAAGGGGUUGGAGUCUAGAUCACAUUCCUCAAACCACACCCUUGGGAAUGUGAAAGGAAGCUUUACCCUGUCAAUCUCAUGGCAGUCCUGGAGCCAUUACCUCGUACAGAGACAGAAGGAUCAAGAAGGCUCUUGGACAGCAGAUAUAUCUUAAUGCCCUGUGGAAGAUGUUUGUGGCUUUGAGAAGAGGUGACUGAAGGCAAAGACCUUCUGCCCACUCUUGGUCUCAUCACUAGCAUAAUCUUGGCAAUGGAUAAGUUCUAGAACUGAGUCACUGUGAUAGUUCUGAUCUUAUGUUAGCAAAAACAAUUAAAAACAAAACACCCAA